AUGUCCGGCCUUCCUCCCAACGACGAGAAGAACAAGAAGAGCGGUGGGGAGAAGAGGAAGUCGACGGCGCCCGACGACCUGGGGGGGAAGAAGAGGAGGACGAGGUCCGACGCGAGGAAGGAGAGAGAGGACUCCUCUCUCUCACCGGCUCCGAUGACGGAGAAGGAGAUGGCGGCGGAGGUCGAGCGUCAGGUCGAGGAGAAGGUGAAGGCGGUGUUGGCGGAGACGAGGAAGAGAGAGGCGGCCGAGAAGAGGAAGAAGGAUGCGGCCGAGAAGAAGGCAAGGGUGGAGAAGGAGGAGCAGAGGAUCCGGGACGCGGAGAAGGAGAGGAAGAAGGGGGAGGCCGACGCGAAGGCGAAGGCCCAGCAGGACGAGAUCCGCCGGCGGGUCGAGUUGGAGUUGGCGAGGGAGGAGAAGAAGAAGGAGGUUGGGGAGAAGGAGGAGAAGAAGGAGGACGAGAAGGACGAGCGCGGGCGUUCGUCGAGCAAGGUGGGGGGCGGGGAGACCCUUGAGGGGGUUUCCUCAUACAAGUGGAAGACGGCCGAGCCUUGCUUACACUUGGUUUAUGUUUGUGUUACCAUCCCUAUACAGCGAAUUCGGCUUUGGAAGAGGGAGCACGCUUCGAGCGUGAUCGAGUUGUUCGGGGACGACCGGUGCGAGCCGUGCCAGGAGAGGCACCGAGUGGCUGUCGUGCCGCCUUCGGAGGCCUUGCAGAGGUUGAACGACGAGUUCAACCGCUGCAUCAUCGGUCCCAAGGGCCGGUGUUCCCGGUGCGAGUGGAACGGAACCGAGGCCAAGAAGUGUAAAUACACUCGACCGGCUCCCGCCACCCCCGCCGACGUCAAGCCCGACCUCCCGCUGGCAGGUCCUUACAGCCGAUUUGGCUCUGGACUUGGCUUCGGGGCCAACUUCGACGUCCCCCCUGCGCCCGCCGGAGGCCUUCGGCCCCUCCCCACCACCCCGAACCGACCUCGACCAGGUCUUACCGGCCUCGGCCUCCCCCUCUCCCCCUCCUCCCCCUCGACCACCGCCACCACCUCGAGGAUCGCCAACAUCGGCGAUCGACUUACGCGGUUCAACGAGGACCUCGAACGGGCGAUGGAGCGCGCCCAAUGGACGCUCAACCAGCAGGAAGUGGCCCACUACUUCCCGUCGGUCUACGAGCUCGUCCAGUGGUUCAUCCGCGCCGCCAACGAGGUCACCGAGGCCGGCCAGGACUUGGGGAGGUUGGCCAACCCCCGCCCGGACUUCUCUCGACGUUGA